UCCAACGCUGAAAGACGCCACUCUGAAUUGGAAAACCCUAAGCUAAAGAUCUUUUUAAAAAAGAAAGAAAUGAAGGUACUGAAUUGGCUGCUGAAGGAUUGUAUGGCUUUUGAAAAGCCAUGGGCAAAGAUGUCCCAGUUACCAAAACCAAGCAGUGUUCCAAUGUUUAGCUGCCUGCAACGGAGACAUCUUGUGAUGAAAAGCAGAAUCCCUAUCAAAAAUGCUUCAUUUUCUGAAGUUCUGCAGUUACGGGAAAAACAAUUGACUAGAACGGCCUUCCCUCUCCAAGAUCUGGCAAAAUAUAUGCUCCCUAAUGUGGACACAUCAUGCUUUCAAAUGUUCAGUCCUAACCACAAUGACAUCCACAGGGCAGAGCUGCUGUUCAUCCCAUCACGUCAACACACCAUUGAUUUUUUCACUUCUGCUGUCCGGAUGGACCAUGUCCCACAAUUAUCACAGCCUGAGGUUUGCUUUUUAGGAAGAAGCAACGUUGGAAAAUCCUCCUUAAUAAAAGCCUUGUUUUCAUUGGCCCCUGAUGUUGAAGUCAGAGUUUCCAAAACUCCAGGUCACACAAAGAAAAUUCAUUUCUUCAAAGUGGGAAAAUUCUUUACUUUGGUGGAUAUGCCAGGCUAUGGUUAUAGAGCACCAGAAGAUUUUGUGGACAUGGUGGAGCCUUAUUUAAAUCAGCGUCAGAAUUUGAAACGGACAUUCUUAUUAGUGGAUGGCGAAGUAGGAAUUCAGGAAAUGGACAACAUUGCUUUUGAAAUGUUGGAAGAAUUUGGGAUCCCUUAUGUUGUUGUAUUAACAAAAAUUGACAAAGCACCAAAAGCAGUGAUGGCAAAAAAUGUGUUACAAAUUCAAGACUUCGUAAAGAAAAACACACAAUCGUGCUUUCCUCAACUUUUUCCAGUCAGUUCUUUGUAUUAUUCUGGAAUCCAUGUACUGAGAUGCUUUAUAGCACAUAUUACUGGACAUCUUCCCUUAUCCACUUGAUGAUACUUCAGGGUCGGAAUCAACACGGCUCAUCUCCAUGUUGUACAUUGUUCUUCUACCAAAAGAGAUAAAAGAUUUACUGCUUUACGGACUUCUCUUUUUUUAAGCUUUGUAAAUAAUUUGGAUAUAAUAAAUGCUGUUAAAGAGA